ACCCGGCAAUGUUAAUUUUUGCGGGAUUGAAGUGGAUGAAGGAUACGAGCCUGAAGUUGAGGAAGAAGAGGCCUUUGUGACCCCCGUGGCCCGUCAUCAACCAUACUCCACCCAAAGGCCCAGGGAACAACGCUCUAAAAGAUUAGAGGAUCAAGCCACGGAAAGAUAUCGGUUUAUCCUCCCCAGACCAGAAGCUCCCGUUGUGCCUCCAGUAAACGUGAAUCCUCCGCAACCAGUACCAAAAGUCCCAGUAGCCCCCCUUGCAAGACCUCGACGAAAGAGAGGCCCCUCUGUAAUCGAUCAAUUGGAAUCGUAUGACAUUGCUGAAGACAUUAUGAGCCUAAUGGCUAAUGUAACGGUGGGACAAAUGCUACAGUAUUCGGAUCAAAGACAGAAGUUGACUAAAGCGUUGAGAAGGCCGUUGCCCCCGUUAGAACCGUCCGUUGCACCCCCCAAGACUAUGCAAAUCAACGCCGCCUAG